CUAAAAAGCGUCUCCGUGUGGACAGGCCCUCAGUGAGUUAUCUAUGGGGCACAUGCGCAAUGUGUGCGCAGACUUGAGAAGCAGCAUUUCGAUUAAACAUGCGCGAAUGCAAGUUGAGACCCGGUGGAAUGAUCUAUGUUCCGUAGCCACUAGCCAGGCUAACUUAGUUGGCUGCAGCUAGCUACCCAACUAGCGACGUGGAUAUCUUGACAUUGAAGAAACGGUGCUAAAUAUAGUGGGAAGAAUGUCCAGAUGGUCAGAAAAUAUAGCCAGUCAUUAAUGGCAGUUGUCCACCAAUUUAGCUAACGUAACGUUAGCUGUCGUCCUGGUCCCACAGGGCUGAAUCACUUAUGGCAACGUUAGCUAGCUGGUCGGUUAUCUAGUUCUAGCUAGCUAGCCAACUAUCGAUAGCUGGCUGGCAAGACAUCUCGGCAAGCUACAUUUAGCUAGCCAGCAAAGUUAACGUUAGAUGCUACCUCGCAACUGGCUACGUAUCUGACAACAGAUUAACGUUUUUCUCUGAAAAGCACAAUAUUUCACCGCAUCGUUUCGGGCCAAACCAAUUUCAAUUCACAACGCUAACGCUGGCUAACCUAACUUGGAUGUGAAGAAAUCUCUCCGGAAGGCCGCCGGUGUAGGGGUGGGGACUUCAAGGGGUUUACACGAAAAAAACAUCUGGAGAAACACUGACCGGAGGAAAGGACAUUACAAUUUAAUGAUGGAGUCGUCUUUGGGACUAAGUCAGGAUAAAUGUGUGGCAACGGUAAAAGGUGUGGAACAUCGGGCUGGACAGAAGGAACCAAGACUUCUCUCUCUCAUCGAGCGCUCUGGGGAGUUUGAGUUGGGAGUUUUGGCAAAUCCUGAUUCAGUUGUGACAAGUCCUCAGCCUGACCUGUAUAUACCCAUCAAUAGUCAUUUUAACAUAGUACGAGAGGCUGAGGAGGCUCUUCUAAUAGAUAUCCCGCUAAACGCCUCGUUUCGCGUGCGUCUGAGGGGUGAGCGGAUCUCUGAGCUGCUGCUGGAGCUACAGGAUGACGAGCGCAGUCAGAGCUUCAUCUCGCAGGUGAAGAGGGCCAAACAGCACGCGGAGUCCAAAACCGAUGUUCCCAAAGCCCAGGAAGCUGUUGUCCCUCCCCCUCGGAAGGCGUCUGUCCCCAUCGCCCCGCAGAGAGGCGUCUCCAGAUCGGUCAGCGCUGCCCCCCCUGUCGCCAACCUCGCCCGGAACUCCGUGCCUCCGAACCCUAAGAGCAACUCGUUAGGGAAGCAGACCAACUCAGACCCAGCUCUCUCGCUGGCCAACGACUUUGGCUUCGAGGACAAUUUCAACCACGCGCUGAAGGUGGAGGAGAAGAAGAACCAGCAGAACCGUAGCAGCAGCAGCAGCACCAGCACCACCACCAACGCCGUCGCCGUCGCCGUCGCCCCACCCCCACCCAGGGAACGGCUCCCGGCCCCCCCGCUGCCGCCCCGUAAGGGCUCCUACACCCCCUCGGCGCCGCUGCCCGCCACCCCUCCGCCCCGAGACCGAGGCCCCGCCGUGCAGAACAUGACGCCUGUGAGAAGCGAAUUCCGAACGGUGGUGGACAAGAACUCCACGUGGACGGACAGCCCGUCCAGCAACACCAUGCGGCAGGCCCUGCUGAGCCAGGGCCAGAGGGAGGGCAUCAUCCGCCACCGCAUGGCCAAGAAGGAGAAGGAGUACGUGGACCUCAAGAACUUCAGGUUCUUCACGGGGACGUGGAAUGUGAACGGCCAGUCUCCAGACAGUAGCCUGGAGGCCUGGCUGUGCUGUGACCCCGACCCACCUGAUGUCUACGCCCUGGGAUUCCAGGAGCUUGACCUGAGCACGGAGGCCUUCUUCUACCUGGAGUCCUCUAAGGAGCAGCAGUGGGUGGACGUGGUGGAGAGGAGCCUGCACCCCAAGGCCAAGUACAAACGGGUGCGCAUGAUUCGUCUAGUUGGCAUGAUGCUGGUGGUGUUUGUCAACAAGGAACACAAGCACCACAUCAGAGAUGUGGCGGCGGAGACCGUGGGCACGGGCAUCAUGGGAAAAAUGGGUAACAAGGGCGGCGUGGCCGUGCGCUUCGUGUUCCACAACACCAGCUUCUGCUUCGUCAACUCCCACCUGGCGGCCCACGUGGACGACUUUGAGCGACGGAACCAGGACUACAAGGACAUCUGCGCACGCAUGAGCUUCCACCUGCUGGACUACCCUCCCCUCAGCAUUGUCAAGCACGAUGUUGUGAUCUGGCUGGGGGAUCUGAACUAUCGUCUGUUCUCACUGGACGCAAGCGAGGCGAAGAAGUUCAUCGCCAAUAACGAGCUGCGCAAACUGCAGGAGUAUGACCAGCUUAACAUCCAGAGGCAGACAAAGAAGGCGUUCACUGACUUCAUGGAGGGAGAGAUCAACUUCAUCCCCACAUACAAAUAUGAUCCCAAGACCGAUCAUUGGGACUCCAGUGGGAAGUGCCGCUGCCCUGCCUGGUGCGACCGGGUGCUGUGGCGCGGCCUCAACGUCAAGCAGCUGCACUACCGGAGCCACAUGGAGCUGAAGACCAGCGACCACAAGCCGGUCAGCGCACUCUUCAGCAUCGGGGUGAAGGUUGUGAACGAGCAGCGCCACAAGAAGGUCUUCGAGGACACGGUGCGCAAGCUGGACCGCAUGGAGAACGACUUCCUGCCCUCAUUAGUGCUGACUCGCACUGACUUCACCUUUGAGAAUGUGAAGUUCCGGCAGCUCCAGCUCCAGUGUUUCCAGAUCACCAACGACGGCCAGGUGCCGUGCCACUUCGCCUUCAUCCCCAAACUCAACGACACGCAGUACUGCAAGAACUGGCUGAGGGCCGAGCCUUGCGACGGCUACCUGGAACCCAACGAGUCGAUGGAGAUCCGCCUGGAGGUGUACGUGAGCAAGGACUCGGUGACGCUGCUCAACUCAUGCGAGGACCAGAUCGAGGACAUCCUGGUGCUGCACCUGGACCGCGGCAAGGACUACUUCAUCACCAUCUCGGGCAGCUACCAGCCCAGCUGCUUCGGCACCUCCCUGGAGACGCUGUGUCGCAUGAAGAAGCCCAUCCGUGAGAUCCCCGUCACCAAGCUCAUCGACCUGGGAGAGGAUAGCUUCACGGAGAAGGAAAAGUCCAGGAUGAACUUCCUACUGGUGGACAGUGCUGGGACCGAGGACAAGCCCCUGAAGAUCCCCAAGGAGGUGUGGCUGCUGGUCAACCACCUCUUCACUAAGGCCUGCCACCAGGAGGACCUGUUCCAGACUCCAGGCCUACAGGAGGAGUUGCAGGGCAUCAUAGACUGCUUGGACACCAGCAUUCCAGACACCAUCCCUGGUUGUAAUCACUCGGUGGCGGAGGCGCUGCUGAUCUUUCUGGAAGCUCUGCCGGAGCCCGUGGUGUGUUAUGAGCUGUACCAGCGGUGCCUGGACAGCACGCACGACAGCCGCCUGUGCAAACAGCUGAUCUCUCAGCUUCCCCGGGCUCACCGCAAUGUGUUCCGCUACCUGAUGGCCUUCCUCCGAGAACUACUGAAGCACUCCAUAGACAAUAACCUCACCGCCAACCUCUUAGCGUCUCUCUUCGCCAGUCUUCUGAUCCGGCCCCCUCCUAACCUGGUGAGCCGGCAGACGUCAGCGGAGCGGCAGAAGGCCAACGACUUCAUCCUGGGCUUCCUCAUGUCAAGUGAAGAUGAGUGAGGGGUCAAAGGUCAAGGGUCAGCAGUGAAGGGUCACGCCCCCCACUCUUGCUCUGCCCUGUGUGGUGUACCAGUUCAAGUGGACUUGAGACCUGGAGCAAAAUAGUUGAGGUGUCUGUGUGUGUGUGUGUGUGUGUGUGUGUGUAUGUAUGUGUGUGUGUAAGCCCCAUGGCUGGAUGCAUCAAGAAGACACUGCUAUAGUUGUAGGAGAGAUUUUUUUUUUGCACACAGAGAUCUCCUUGAGCCCAUCAUCACAGUGUGUGUGUGUGUGUGUGUGUGUGUGUGUGUGUGUGUGUGUGUGUGUGUGUGUGUGUGUGUGUGU